GAGAAUACGAAUGUAGGUUGAAAGAAGGAAGCAUCUUCAGACAGAAAUCCAACAAAGUUUUCUCUUAUAAGGAAACACCUUUAGUCCAAGUAAUGCCAUUGAAACAAAAGGUCCAGUGUGAGGUGGGAAAGGAUGUGUUACUGAGGUGCUCUGUCAACAGCCCCUACAAGGUUGAGUUUAAAGAUCAAUCCAUUGUCUUCUUAUGUGACGGAGGCAGUGAGUUUGGUGUUGGAAAUCUUGAUGAACGGGCUGAASUUUCUUGUGRUYCARAUGAGGUGGGGRAAAGGAUAGCGGAGUGUCAGAGCAAUGGAACCUGGAAAGUUGUAGAAGAAAACUGCGUCCUAAAGCUAAUUCAGGAUCUGCUUGACCAGUCUCAGUUAGUGUUGACUAACAGUUUACUGACAGCAUUCCUGAAAAAACUCCGCAAUGUCACUUUCGAGUUCAGGAACAAAGUGGUUGAAUCAUCUCCCAACAUCAAUGCCACUGUUGAAAUACUCAACAAUGUAGCAAACAUUACAUCAUCUUCAAAUAUCUUGAUAAAUGAAACUSAAAUAGAGGAUAUCCUAUUCACUUCAGGUGUCCUCACYGAAGAUGAGUCAAAGCAACAAUGGGAUUUUCUAAACACCAAAUCCACUGCAAAGAGCUUAGUAACAAAUCGUAACGUCCCAAAAGCUAAAUCUGCCAGCUCAAUAUUUUUGCUUUCCCUUGAGAGAAUAACUACUAACCUUAACAAUAACUCUUUUGAGAUUGCAACACCUUUUAUUAUCUUGAACAAAACCACAUUCACAGACAACUUCAGUGGUGACUUUAAUUCUUCUGUGGAGAUAGACAUACCAGAGGCUAAUGGRAGAAAUAAGUCUAUCACUGUGAUGACAUUUUCCUCAAUGGAUAACGUGCUCCCACCAAGAGACAAAGUCAAUUCAACCCUCAAAGUCAUYAAUGGGAAGGUCACGCUUGUCCAGUCCAGCGGCACCGUCAAUAAUAUUUCCUUUGCCUUUGAUAUCAUAAACGAUACUCUGGGGAACCCACAGUGUGUUUUCUGGAACUUCAGCCUCUUCGAUGGCCUGGGAGGAUGGGACGACAAGGGCUGCAAGUUGACAUUCAACRUUAACAACACCGUCACCUGCACAUGCAACCAUCUGACCUCRUUCUCCAUCCUUAUGUCACCMUUUGYUCCUGAUUYCCCUGUGUUGGAUUAUAUAACCUAUGCUGGAGUUGUCAUAUCCAUGGUCUCCUUGGUUAUAUGUCUCAUCAUUGAAGCUGUCAUAUGGAGAAAAAUUCGAAAGAGCAACACCUCCUACUUGCGUCAUGUGUCCAUUGUUAACAUUGCCUUGUCCCUCCUGAUCGCAAACAUUUGGUUUAUUAUUGCAGCAGCCAUCUCAGACGCGGACGUGAAAAACAAACCAGCAUGCAUUGCGGCCACCUUUUUCAUCCAUCUUUUCUACCUAGCGCUGUUUUUCUGGAUGUUAGCCUCAGCUCUGCUUUUGCUCUACCGCACAGUCAGUGUGUUCGGUGGGGAUUUGUCUAAUUACCCAGGACRGGUUGUAGAUUGUCCCACUUAA